CUACUAAAAAAAGUUCAGAACAACGUUGUUCGUUUCUAACGUACCUAGGCAGUAUAGCUAAGUUAUACCCUCGGCUAGCAAGAAGUCUUAGUUCAUUCCAUCUGCUUAGCUCCGCACUCACCAUUGAUAAUUGUUUCAACGUUUUCUACAAGAACCUGUCUGUUCAGUGAAGACAAAAUGAGCGCCCCCUCAUCUCAAAAAGUCGUGCUGAAAAGCACCACCAAGGUGUCGCUGAACGAGCGCUUCACUAACAUGCUGAAGAACAAACAGCCCACGCCGGUCAGCGUCAGGGCCACCAUGCAACAGCAGCACAUGGCCAGCGCCCGCAACCGCCGCCUGGCCCAACAGAUGGAGAACAGGCCCUCCGUGCAGGCCGCCCUGCACCACAAGCAGAGCCUGAAGCAGCGGCUGGGCAAGAGCAACAUCCAGGCCAGGCUGGGCCGGCCCAUGGGCGCCCUGAUGCGGGGGGGUCCCGGAGGCCGGGGGUUCGCCGUCGGGGGACUGCGCGGGAUGCCGAGGGGAGGACUCCGAGGCCGCGGGGGCCGGGGGGGCGGCUUCAGGGGAGCCCUGUCUCUUAGAGGCAUGGCGCCGAUGCGUGGGCGGGGCGGCCCCGGGCGCAUGGGGCUGAGGAGGGGCCUGCGCCAGCGGGGCGGGCUGGUGGGCCGCGGGGGGCCGCUGAUGGGCCGAGGGGGCGGAGUCGGCCGGGGCGGGAUGGGGCCCAGAGGCCGUGGAGGAAUGGGCCUGCGGGGGCGCGGUGGUUUCCGGGGUCGUGGGCGGGGCAGGGGCCGGGGGGUGGGGCGUCCCGCCGUCACCAGGGAGCAGCUGGACAACCAGCUGGACGCCUACAUGUCCAAGACCAAGGGCCACCUGGACGCCGAGCUGGACGCCUACAUGGCCCAGGCUGACCCCGACGGCAUGGAGUAAAGCCCCGCCCCCUGGGGACAGAGGCCACGCCCACAGAGACUGCACACGCACGCACUCCUAUACACACACACACGCACACACAAACACUUCCCGACUGACAGUGACACUGCAAGUGUGCGCUGACCUGCUGACCUGCCGACCUGUCGCAUCGAAUGCCUUCACUGUGACCACCCGGGGAACGCACAUACUAUGGGACAGCUAUGGGACAAGGCCUCCAUGUUUUACACACACACACACACACACGCGCGUGCGCGCGCGCGCGAUCUGUACACACACCCAUCUGUGCACUGACCUGUUCCACACACACCCACUUACAGAGUCCUGCUGUCGUCAAGUCCAGUACAGAACUGUUUCCCAGUCAUCAUUUCUGAGGGUUUUGCAGCACCGAGCAUCGUUGGGUGUAGACGCUCCAAACGCGUACAAACUGCUGUGGACUUGAAUGAACGGGGCCUGGGAGUCUUUAUGGGGGGGAAUUCUGAGGCUUCAGGCAACCGACACAGCCUGCUGUUGCCCGGGCGACCCUGAUCUGGAACGGAAUCUCAUUGGAUCUCGAGGUGUCCGAACCGGACCUAGCCUCCGCUAAACAUUGUGUCACAGCCCUUUGAUUUGUCGUCAUGGUGAAACGAGCCUGACCCCCUUUGUGACCCCCUUUCCAACCGUCAGUCACUGUUUUUUUUUGUUUUGUUUUGUUCACCCUGUAAUUUUAAACUGACUUUUUUAUUUCCGCUUUUUAAAUUUUUUAAAACUUUUGUGUUGUCCCAGAAAAACUAGAACGGUAGCCAUCUGUGUAAAGGGGAGGAAAAAAAAUCAUUGAGGAGGGGAAAAAAAAAAGAAAAUGUUCAAAUCCCUGCCUACAUUGUACUUUUUCAAAAUGUUAUUUAUUUUUUGGAAACACUUAAUGCUUUGAUUCAUGGGCUCUGGUCAGGGACAGAUGCUAAAGUCCACAAAGAUGUGACCGUCAAGUCUGCAUUUAUAUGAAUGGUUCGAGAGGCGAGCAGAGUUUUACAUUUUCGUCUCAUUGCUUCGGUUACGUUUUGUAUUUGAAUCUUGACUUGACAUGGAGGAAAUGUAGUCGUCAGUCCCUGCGGCCGAUGUUUCUUGGGUUGCCGGCAUUGUUCCUCCUGAAUAAAACUCUUCUCCCGCUCAGCGGUGGACAGAGUGACGAGCCGCUUCUCUCGAAUCUUCCCCUACCGGCGAAUCGAGUGACUCCCUUGGGAGGCGGUGAGGGAAGUCCGUUCCGAAAGGGUGUGUCAUUUUGGGGUACCUGGUGAAACCUCUCCUUUUACUCGGUUGAUUUUGUUUUAAGAAUGUAUUUUACCUUUUUUGUUUAAUCCCGUCUUUGUAAUCGCCAAAACAGCUAGAAUUGAACUUGUUACGGAUGCUAAACUAGACAAAUACCUUGUACAAAAAGUGAAUUCAAGGAGAAGGAGCAAGAGAAAACAUGUUGUACUCAGCAAGAAUAGAUCCAGAACACUUGUAUUGGUUUAAUAUGGGUCCUGCAUUGUUUAUUAAAGAUAGAUAUUUUAAA